UAAAAACUUUUCUUUUAUUUCAUUUAUUUUAACAAUAAAUUGCUUUUUAUUUCUGAUCAUAAAUAUAUAUAUUUUUUUUUUCUUUUCUUUUCUUUUUCUUUUUCUUUAUAAAUUAAACAUUGACAUAGUUAAUCGAUUAUAAAAAACCAGAUCCAAAGACAAUAACAACUAGAACAAAUCAACAAAUAUGGCAAAAAGCGUAAACAGAAUAGAAUAGCUUAAAAUCCAAAUAAAGUUUCUUCUAAUCUUUUAUUUUAAUAGUAACAAUUUUGCUACACCGAUCAUCAUCCACACCAAUAAUGAUCUUGGACACGCAGAAUAUAAACCCCAAGUGAGUUAAAACAUUUCAAUAGAAUUCAGAAUUUUUUUAACAAUAUUUUCCAUUUCAAGUAGAUGGUCAUCUUGAAACGACCUGAAGAAGAAAAAAUCAAACAAAAGUUACAGAAUGAAAAGACGAUUGCAGAAAAACCCAUAAAGGCCUUAGCGGAAAAAGUAAAAGAUUAUGAAAAAGCCAGACGUAAAAUAUUUGAAAAAUUUGAAGACAUCCAAAACAAUAGAGCAACAAAGAAAUAAAUAAAGCAAUAAAAAUGAUUCUAUUUCGUCUUUA